GGGGAGGUCGCUUCCGCUUCUGCGCUGCGCGGUACCUCAGGCCGCUUGGUCGGCGGCGGCGGCGGGCCUCUGCCGGUGCGCGCCUCCCCCCUCACGCCUCCUCCGUGCCCCCCCGGUCCCGUCGCGGUUCAGGAUGAGCGGCGAGGACGGCAACGAGGAGUUCUACCGGCAGCUGCAGCUCCAGCAGCAGUACGACGCCGAGCGCGGCGGCGGCGAGGGAGAGGGCGAGGGCGAGGCCGCCCCCGACCCCUUCACCUACGUGGACCCGGCCGACGGCGCGGCCUACGAGUGGGACCGCGAGAAGAAGGCCUGGUUCCCCAAGAUAACGGAAGAUUUUCUGGCAACGUAUCAUGCUAACUAUGGCUUCCAUGCAGAUGACACGGACAGUUCAUCUGCUUCUGGCACAGCAACUGACAGCAAGCUACCAGUAAGUUCUAAGACAUCAGAUACACAACCAUCGGCAAAUGAGAAAGGACCAAAACAAACAGAUCCAAAGCAAAAAUCAGAAAAACGGAAGCUUGAGCCAGGAUGGUUUCAUGUUGAAGAGGACAGAAACACAAAUGUUUAUGUGACCGGUUUACCACCAGACAUUACAAAAGAUGAAUUUGUACAAGUCAUGUCAAAAUGUGGUAUCAUUAUGCGAGAUCCUCAGACAGAAGAACACAAAAUCAAACUUUACAAAGAUAAGGAAGGAAAUCUCAAAGGAGACGGCCUGUGUUGCUAUCUAAAGAGAGAAUCAGUUCAACUUGCUUUGAGACUUCUGGAUGAGGCAGAAGUUAGAGGCUAUAAAUUGCAUGUUGAAGUUGCAAAGUUCCAACUGAAGGGGGAGUAUGAUGCAAGCAAAAAGAAGAAGAAAUGUAAAGACUACAAGAAGAAAUUGUCUCAACAGCAAAAACAGCUGGAUUGGAGGCCUGAGAAGAAAGAUGGUGCAGCUCGAAUGCGACAUGAACGCAUCGUUAUUAUCAGGAAUAUGUUUCACCCAAAGGACUUUGAGGAGGAUCCCUUAGUGCUAAAUGAGAUCAGAGAAGAUCUACGGACAGAGUGUGAGAAGUUUGGUCAAGUAAAGAAGGUUCUCAUAUUUGAUCGACAUCCCGAUGGUGUGGCUUCUGUGUCCUUUAAAGAAGCAACAGAAGCUGAUCUGUGCAAACUAACUCUAAAUGGAAGGUGGUUUGGUGGCCGUCAGCUCAGUGCUGAAACGUGGGAUGGUGUAACAGAUUAUCAGGUGGAGGAGACUGCAAGAGAAAGGGAAGAAAGGCUGAAGGUGUGGGGAUCAUUUCUAGAGGAUCCUGAUGCAAAGGAGCAGCAAACUACGUCUAAUUCAGAUUCCGCAACAAGUAGUGUUAAAAUGCCUGAAGGCAGACAACCUUCAAAAGUUAAUGACACAUCUAAGGAGGAUGUAAAUGAUGAAGCCCAUAAGAGGGAGAAUAAUGGUGAGGGCAUUAAUGAAGAUGGUGCUCCAUCCACAGACAGCAGCCUCGCAGGCAGUGAUGCUGAAGCAGAUACAUAACAUUUUCAAUGCUUUAUGAAAGCAUGGUUUUUAGGGUGAUGUUUGAGUUUAUCCCUUUCUUCAGGGUGACUGCAGACAAUGUUCAUAUGAUAUGCAUUACUAGAAUGUCAUCAACUGUGUGCUUUGAAGUUUUCAUUAAAAGCAGUAUUUAAUGAAGGUUCUAAACGUUUGUAUUAAUUGGCUGUUCAGGUAAAGUAACUCAAGUUGCCAAGAAUACAGCAGAACUCAUCAGGCUUUUGUUCUAUCUAUGCUUGUCUGUGUUUCAUUACAUAAGUGUAAAAUAUGUUCCAACACUAAAGUUUAUGUAACUAAAUAGAACUUAAGUAAUGCAAAGCUAUUACAAGAUUUGUGGAUUUUGCCAUUAAUUUUCCUGUAGCCCUCAAAACUUGGUAUCAUCCUUAAAAUUACUCUUGUCCUGAGUACUUUUGAUCAUUUUAUGGAACAGAUGCUGUGAUACGUAUAGGGCGAAUGCAUUGGAUAUGUUGGUAUACAUCAAGUAGCAAAUAAUAGAAUAAUAAGUUGCAAAUUUUAAAGUUAAAUAGAAAACAAACAAGAUUUCUAUAGCUAACAUAACAGAACUGAGUAAAGAUAGAUGGUUAAAUCACAGCAUUGAGUAAAUUAUUUUUCUUAUUCUCCUGUUUAAAACUUUAUUGAUGUUUAGAUCUUCUUUUGAGGCUGGAAUUGUGUCAAGGAGACUAUAAAUGCAUGAGCAAACACUCUAGCCUAUAAUGAAAGAAGACUGAUCUUAAACUUACGGUCUGUAUGCAGUAGACAUGCUUUUGAUGGUUUGACUUUUUUUUUAGCGUUAGAAUAAGGGUUUUUGUUUAACUUAAUUAGGAUGGUGAGUGUGAGUUCUCUUCAACGUUUUGGUUUAGCCUUGAUGUGCCCUUCAACGGGUAGUGGGGAGAUCUCCCGUAUUCCAUAAAACCUAAAGGCUUUUGGCAACUUGAACUACAUUUUGUUGUGUAAAUGUUAGAAUACUUGAACACAUGCUUUAAAAGAAUAUUACUCUUUUCUAUGGGGAGAAAAAUCAAAAGCUAGCCAUAUAUCGCUAGCUCUCUUAGAAAUAUUUCCCAGAACAAAGAUUUAGAAGACGUUCUAGCUUCAGAAAAACAGGCUUUUGAAAAUAACUCUGGGGGAGUUCUUUUGGGCAUGGUCAUUCUUCAUUUAUAAUCCCAUUAUUUUGAUACCUAAGGAUAUAAGAGUAAAGAUUUAUGGAAUUGUUUAUAAUAUUGGUGCUAAAUUCGUAGCACAUUGUUCAUAUGGAUGGCUGUUAGUGCAUAUUUGUAAGGAGGAUCUUUUAAUUUUUUUUUAAUUCAUAUUGGAUUGUGAGAAACCAUAGAUGCUAAUUCUUGGGUAUAUUUCAAUCCUGAAGUAUUCAGAAUACUCUGAAAGUUGGUAUUUUCAAACUGUGCUCUGAGAUCGCCAUCUAUAUUUUUUCUAGUGGUCUAUCUCAUAGACCAUAGGUCUAUCUCAUACUCUUUUUUUUUUUUGUAAUCAGUGUAUUUGGGUAGUUAUGGCAACCAGAGCAUCUAAGUUAACACUUGUCAUUGUGGUUAUAAAUUACAUCCUUUUGUGACAAAAUACAUCGUUUUACAACAAGCAUAUUUGAAUUCUAGGUUUAAAACUCUGGGGGCUAAUUGACUUGGCAUGACAAAAUUCCAAUUUUAAUGAGCUGUAUUGUAAAGGAGAACUCUUAAUGCUUGCUGUCUAAGUAGGACCACUUUCUCAUCUUUACAAGAGUGUGAAUUGUACAUUUAAGCAAAGCAAGUGUUUGAACAGUUCAGGGAAUCUGAAAUACUACUUGGUUUGUAGCUGUAUGUGGUGGCAUAUUCAGAUUACAUCUCCUGGGUUGUUUGUUCUGCCUGGGAUUUUUAUUGGUAAACAACACCACAGACCUCUGAGGGCACAGAAAGAGCUUUGGCACAAAAAGAAUGUAAAUUAAUGUGGUGAGUACUGCUUUCAGUGCUCCUUUUUUCUUCCAGCUUCUAGACUCAAAGUUUUAGAUCUGUAAAACUAUUGUGUUCUGUUAGCUUUUUUUUUUUUUAAGAGAGCCUGGUCAUGCAACACUCUACACAGUUAAAUCACCUGUUUUACAGUGGAAUUGCUAUUGAUAUAGGGAAGUUAUUUGACAAAUGUUAUAAAUAUUGUACAGUUCUAUGAAGCCUUAUCAUGGUAUCAAAUAUGAAAAAUAAGGUUAGUAUUAGUGUUUGGAAAAAGACUUGAAAAAUAAAGAAUCAUUGCUUGUGCAGUCAUCUUCCUCUCUCUGAUGUACAAAUUUGAUUGGCUUGUUUCAAAAGUAAAAUGUGAUGUUAGGUGCUUCACCUUUUCCUUUAGGCUUCAUGCUGAAGUAGAGCACUGACAAAGACUGAGACUAAAUGCUUUACUGGCUUUCCUAUUAACUAGGAUUCUUAAGAAAAUAAAAGCUGUUUUUCCACAAAAA